AUGACAACAUGGAACGCAAAGAUGCAGUUCGUUCCCAUGACAACUAUAAACAAGAAAGCUACACACCGGGAGAUUGGUUGUUCUGACUGGGUCGCCACAGAAAAGAUUCAUGGAUCAAGUUUCCAGUUUUUCACAAAUAAUGGAGAAAAUGUCAGCCUUGCUAGUCGAAGAACUCUUCUUGAUUGCAAGGGGUCAUUUCUGAAGUGUAAUAUGAAAGAGUUUCAGCAGCGCCAUCUUGAAUUUGUGAAACUGAUGUACCAGACAGUAGAAACAGAAGAUAGGUGGCGGCACUAUAGAACUACCCUUGACAUGGUUGAUGAUGAUAGUGACGACAAAGUUGAAGACGGUAAUGGCGAGGAUUCAACAGAAAAUAAGCGCCACCUAGAAAGCCAGGAGACAGCUCCUAAUGACAUAAAUGAAGAUGAGACAAACGUAAAACUCCACCAGACUGAAAUUGAAAAUGGGGAAAAGAACGUUUUGGAAUUAAGAAUCUAUGGAGAAAUAUAUGGCGGUGGAGGAAUAAAUAUCGAUAUUAAAUCUGCUGUUCAAAAAGAAAUAAUUUACUCAGACGAGUUUAGGUUCUACGUUUUUGGUGUAAACAUCAACAGGAAAUGGGUAACUGUUACAGAAAUGAAUGACUUGUGUCAGACUGCGGGUUUUCCCUAUUACGCUUUACCUCUCUGUCCACCCAAAUCCACAUUAGAAGAGUUGACACAGUUUUUGAUAACCGACGGAAUCAUGAAGAGCAAAUCCAGACUAACAGAUAAAACUGACAACAACGACAUAAUUAUUGAAGGAGUUGUUAUGACGCCUCUGAAAAGACCAGACUUCCAUUUCCACGCCAUAAAACUCUUGUCCAGCGCUUUCAACGAUGUCCGAGCUGUCGGGAUAGGCAAGAACCGGACGGUCAGCUACUGCACCAAGGCCAGGUACAACAAUAUUAUAAAGGAAGGAGGAGAGUCUGAAGUGACGGAACGAAAGAAGAAUGCCUGGACAAAAUGUGUGAAGACAUGGCUAACUGCAGAUGGAUAUAUUCAAGGGGAUGAACCCAGACAGAGGAAAUGUGCGAAAGCAAAUCCAAAGAGCAAGGGUAAACAAGGAAACACCAAUGGUGAUGAGAAGGUAAAGUCAAAAGCUCAACAACUAGAAGAUGCCGGUGAUGAUGAAGGAAACGAGUUAGUAGGUCUUUUUGGAUAG